AUGCUCGACCUGCUGGAGUCGUUCGCGAACCACAACCGGUUCACGUACGUCCGUUUGGACGGCACUGUAAAGGUAGACAGGCGACAGGCGUUAGUCGACAGUUUCAAUUCGGAUCCGCGGGGCACGAUGGCGGAUUUUUGUUUAUUUCAUCCACGCGCUCUGGCGGUGUGGGCAUAA